AAAUGUCUUACCCUUGUCUAUUCCUAAGACUUUUUCCAAUUUUCUCUCUUCACAUCUCGACAAACUUCCUCUUCCCCCUUCCUUGCCACCUUGAUCUAGUGCUUGUCGCCAGCCAACAAUGCUUCUCAGCACUAGUCGCAGGUAUUCAUAUUUGAUCUUCCCCCUUUUCGCCUUUCAUUGUCGAAAUCUGCACUGCACCAAUUGGCAACGAAGUUCAUCUUCCUCUCUUGAAGUUAUUCCUGAUAACCAGAAUCAUUUGAGGAGGAUAACAUGCAGUAAAACUAAAUUGCAAGUGGAUAGAAACCACGGAUCAAUCAGGAACUGCGAUUCAGAUUCAUCUGAAAGAAACAUUGUUAUCCUGGAGAGCGAUGUGUUUGCAACAAAAACUACAAAAGAUGCCUCUACACCAUGCAAGAAUGCAUAGAGUGGUAGGAGAGAUCAGGGCAAGAAGAGAAAAGCAGUUAUCCGGAUAAGCAAGGCCGACAAUUUUCACCUUGAAAUCAUCUACCCCGGACUCGCUCCCAGAAUAAGUCCCGCCAUGGGAAGUAUGGGAAGUUAGAGGAACUAUUAGCAGUUAGAACUUAUAUUGCUAGCUCUAGUGUACCAAACAUUAGCUAUCUAACAAAAACUAAUUGCUCUACGUAUUGUAAAGGUCGAGCAUGACAAAAAGAUGUUGCAGGCUAGCGUUUUUGUUGAUAGAUUAUGAGUACUUGCUCUAUGAACAUCAGUAUGCAGUAAUCUUUUGAACCGAAUGUGACAGGAAGGUCUAUGCUAGUAAGAUUUUGAAUCACAUUUUCAUCAAUAUACAA